AUGACACGACUCCAUCCCCGCUCCGGUACGAUGCCAUGCGCCCCUCUGCGAAUCGCCGUCCUCGAAUGCGAUGAGCCUAUCGGUCGUACAUUUGAGAAGUAUGGAGGUUAUGGCAAUCUGUUUAAAGAGCUGUUGGAGAAUGGAGUGAAGAGGGUGAAAGAGGUGGAUGGAAUGGAGGUGCCGGAGUUGGAUGUUACCAAGUAUGAUGUUGUGAAGCAUGAGGUUUAUCCGAAGUUGGAGGAUGUUGAUGCGGUGCUUUUGACGGGGAGUCGACACAACUCGUUCGAUGAUGAUCCGUGGAUUCUGAAGCUUGUGGAGUUCACGAGGAAGGUGCUGGCGCAAGAGCGUGUGAGGUUGAUUGGAGUGUGUUUUGGACAUCAGAUUAUUGGAAGAGCAUUGGAUGUGAAAGUUGAUCGGAGUGAUCGGGGGUGGGAGAUUUCUGUGACGGAUGUCAAGUUGACGGAGCAGGGGAGACGGGUGUUUAAGAUUGAUGAGUUGGCGAUACACCAAAUGCACCGCGACAUCGUCUACGAGUAUCCUAAAGGCAUCGAACCCCUCGGACAUUCACCGCGUUGCGGCGUUCAAGGAAUGUACGCAAAGAACCGCUUGAUCACAGUGCAAGGACAUCCCGAAUUCAACGCCGAUAUCGUGUCGGAGUUGCUGAUCAAUAGACACGACAAGGGCAUUUUCGACGAUGCAAUGUAUGCGGAUGGCAUGAAGAGGGUACGAAACCAUCACGAUGGUGUUGCUGUGAGCGCGGCGUUCAUCCGGUUCUUGCUCGAGGAGUGA